AUGCUAUUUUGUUUAAAGGAAGAAAUGGGUCCUCAGGAGCUCACCCGGCGACUGGCAACAGUGAUCACGCAUGUCGAUGAAAUUAUGCAGCAGGAAAUCAGGCCCUUGGUGGCAGUGGAUAUAAUAGAACAGCUCCACAGACAAUUUGCCAUUCUUUCAGGAGGCCAAGGAAAAGAUGGUGCCCCCAUUUUCACUUUUCCAGAGUUUUCGGGGUUCAAACACAUCCCAGAUGAAGACUUCCUCAAUGUCAUGACCUACCUUACUAGUAUCCCCAGCGUGGAGGCUGCCAGCAUCGGGUUCGUCAUUGUUAUCGACAGACGAAGGGACAAGUGGAGCUCCAUAAAGGCGUCCUUGACACGAAUUGCUGUAGCAUUUCCAGGAAACUUGCAGCUCAUAUUCAUCCUUCGUCCGUCUCAUUUUAUCCAGAGAGCCUUCACAGACAUCGGCAUUAAGUACUACCGGGAGGAAUUUAAAAUGAAGGUGCCGAUAAUCAUGUUAAAUUCUGCCUCUGAUCUUCAUGGCUACAUUGACAGAAGCCAACUCACGCAGGAGUUAGGGGGAACUUUGGAGUAUCGCCAUAGUCAGUGGAUAAAUCACCGAACGGCAAUUGAAAACUUUGCCCUGACAGUAAAGACUACCGCCCAGAUGCUCCAGAUGUUUGGGACCCGACUUGGUGAGACAGAGCUAUCUAGAGGUGUGCAGUGCACUGAAGACCUUCUCCUGGCCCACAUGAGACAACGAGACAAAUUGAAGGAUGAGCUGAGAUCCCUUAGAAAACAAGGGGCCAUGUUGCUGACGUGCAUCCAGGAAGCAGCAGCCAAAAACCUUACCAGCAAACUAAGUCCCAAUGAUCGUGAGAACGUCGCCACUAUGGGCAGAUUGUUGGUUCAGUUGGAUGAAACAGAAAAAGCCUUUAGUCACUUUUGGUCUGAGCAUCACCUGAAGCUUACCCAGUGCCUACAGCUGCAGCGCUUUGAGCAGAACUUUAGUGAGGUUAAAACGGCCCUGGAUAACUUAUUGGAAGAGCAAGCUGAGUUUACAGACAUUGGAGACAGUGUGAUACGCGUGGAACAACUUCUUAAGGAACACAAAAAACUGGAACAAAAGGGUCAGGAGCCAUUGGAAAAGGCCCGGUUGUGCGCACUGAGUGGGGACCAGCUUGUCCAGAGCCAUCACUAUGCAGUGGACACCAUCAGGCCCAAGUGUGUGGAGCUCAGGCACCUCUGUGAUGACUUCAGCAAUGAAAACAAGAAAAAGCAUGACGUCUUGAGGAGGUCUUUGGAGUUGCAUCAACAGCUGGACAAGGUCAGCAAGUGGUGUGAAGCGGGAAUCUAUCUCCUGGCCUCCCAAGCUGUAGACAAGUGCCAGUCACGAGAAGGGGUUGACAUUGCCUUGCACGACAUUGAGACAUUCCUGGACACAGCCAAGGAAUACCAGUUGCCCAGCUCCAAGGAGUUUUACAACCAGUUUGAAUUGAUACUCACCUUUGACUUGAAGGCCAAAGCCCAGAAAGUCCUGCAGAAGCUGGGCGAUGUGCAAGAAAUAUUUGACAAAAGGCAAGUGAGCCUGAAGAAGCUGGCCGCCAAACAGACUCGCCCAGUGCAGCCUGUGGCCCCCCAUCCUGAGUCCUCUCCAAAAUGGGCAUCACCGAAAACCAGUCAGAUCUCUGCUGUGGCUUCUCCUCAGAAAAUACCAGAGGAUUCUCCUACAGAGAUAGAUUUGAACCUCUUGGGUAAGGAAGGUGACGAGACUACCUUUGAAAUCAAGGAAGAGUGCAAGGGACUUUCCUAA